AUGAAAUAUUUAUACUUUUUUCUUCUUAUUGUACAAAUUGGAAUCAGAGCCGAAUCCAAAUCUGUAUCAUUUGUUAAUAUCAUCCCGAGAAUUAUUGCCAAUGGCCGAUAUGUGAAAGAAAAUAUCAAUCAUUCGAAUUUCAUACUCAAUCCAGCCUUACCGUCGAUAAAUGUUGAUUUUCUAUCGAAUGCAAAUAGUUCAAAUUGUAGUCGAGAUAUUCAAUUGUUUUCUCACGAUUUAAUUUCUCAACAACUAUGGGCAUUGAAGACAUUUGAUGCUUGGGGGAAAAUACCAAGUGGAUUGAUGCAAGGAAAUAUGUAUUGGAUUGGUUCAGUCUAUGAAUGUCGACAUUAUUUACGUGGUUUGAACAAUAGUGUUAUCGCACAACCAUUUAAAACACGUACAUGUACGAUUGGUAAUGGUAUAACAAAUACAAUUCGACCCAUUUAUGGUAUUUGUGUACCGCGAAGCUGUAAUGCGAGUGAUAUUAUCGAUUUUAUUAAUCAACGUGUUAUUCGAAUUCCAUUUAUUCAACAUUCAAUAAAUGUAACAACUGACGAUAUUCAUUGUAUUGAUCGUCGUCAAUAUGAUGGAACUGCUAUUUUAACUAUUGUUCUUCUAUCAAUAAUUAUUCUUCUGAUACUUCUUGCUACUGGAUUGCAUAUUAUGUAUGGACAUAACCAUGAUUUACAAUUGAAUUAUGUGCCCCCGAUAGCUACAAAUGAACCACUCUUAAGUCGAACAACUACAAUAACAAUAAUCAAUACAUCAUCGGAAACAAAUCCAGUUGAUGAGUUCGACCAAUCAACGGCAUCUGAGGAAGCAUCGCUAAUACCACCAUCAUCUCAACAGCGUGUGGACUCAGCCGCAUUAAAUUUAAUAAGCUGCUGUUCAUUAUUAAAUAAUUAUCAUAUAUUAAAAUCGAACAGUUAUCCAAAAAAUUUAGCGUGUCUUAAUGGUAUUCGUGUACUUUCACUUAGUUGGAUUGUUCUUGGUCAUACAAUUAUAUUUGCUGUUUAUUAUUCUGAUAAUUUAAUUACCAUUUUCAAUUGGUCUCGUAAACUAUGGUUUCAAAUAAUUAUACAAACAUUCUUUAGUAUCGAUUCAUUUUUUCUCUUGAGUGGUUUAUUAGCAGCAUUUACAUAUUUUAUAUCGAAAACUGAAAAUGACCAAUUUUCAAUUGUAAAAUUUUUUAUGAAUCAUUAUGUUCAUUAUUAUUUAAGAUAUACAUCAUUGUAUGCAAUUAUUUUACUAAUUUAUAUUACUCUGUCACCGUACAUGGCUCAAAAUGGCCCAGUCUAUCCAAUAGAUGGUAUCGAAACAUCGUCAUGUCGACACAAUUGGUGGCGUAAUCUUCUAUAUAUUAAUAAUUUCUUUGAUAUGCGUGAUGGGUGUAUGCCGAUUUCAUGGUUCUUAGCUGUUAAUAUGCAAUUCCAUUGGAUAACACCAUUAUUUCUAUUGAUUGUUUCAUGGAAAUGGCUCCUUGGAAUGGUUGUAUGUAUUAUUUUUAUUACCAUUGAUGUCGUAUCAACAGCGGUGAUAGUUUCAAAAAACGAUUAUGAUUAUGGCUUCUUAAGUGAUUUAUAUUCACACAAAGGAAACUUUUCCAAUAUGACAAAUGGAUAUUUUAAUGAUGUCUACGUUAAACCCUGGUGUCGCAUAGGUCCAUAUGCUGUCGGUUUAGGAAUUGGUUAUAUUUUUUAUGAAGUUUAUCAACGUUCAAAUACGUUAUCAUGGGAUUCACUUAUACCAAGAACGACAAUUCACAGUCGACAUUAUUAUUUCAAACGAAUAUUUGCUUGGUCAUUUGCUUUAAUUCUCUUGUCUCUUUGCUUAUUUGGUACCUACGGUGAUUAUAGUGGACAUGCAUUAACUCGACGAGAUCGAAUUGCAUUUCUCACUCUAUCACGACUUGCUUGGUCGGUUGGUAUUUCUACAAUAAUUAUUACUUGCUUUUCUGGCCAUGGAGGAAUAGCAAAUCGAUUUUUAAGUCGAUCAUGUUUUUAUAAACUAUCAAAAUUAACAUAUGGUGCAUAUUUAUGGCAUGCAUUAGUUAUCUUUGUUAAUUAUCUCGGCCGAGAACAACCUACACAUUAUACAUUAACAAAUAUGAUUUACAAUUUUAUUUGUUACACAAUUAUUUCAUAUUUUUUAUCAUUUUGUACUUUUCUGUUCAUCGAAUUACCGACAGUUCAACUACUUGAACUUUUCUUUAAGCGUCCAAGAAAGUUGCAAUGA